AUGAUANACUGGAAAUCAUAGAGUAGUUACUUAGAGAUGUUUAGUUUGCUCAGGCAAAACUAAAUUAACAAAAACUGUAGAUGUAAUUAUUAUUUUUUUAUUUAGAAAAGCCAAGAUUUGAAUUAAGCUAAAUUAGUUAGGGGAGAUUUAAGACCAAAAGAUUUGCUUUAUGAAAAUUCUGAAGUUUAUGAAUUAAGUAUACAUUAUUCAUAAAAUUUUAGAUCCAAAUUAAGUGAAUUAUACCUCAGAUAAUUAGAAAUACGUAGGAACUACUGUUGGAUUCAAAUAUCCUAUGCUUAAUCAGAAUAAAGCAAGUAUUAACGCAUUUCUAAUUUAAUUUUUAGAUGAUCCUUCUUCUAGUUCUGGCAGAAUGAUUAGACCAUAAAGUGCUACAUAAAAAAAAUAUUGAAUUUAUUAAAUACC